AUGGGCGGACGGGUGGAUCACGAGUACUCCUACCUGUUCAAGAUGGUGCUCAUCGGGGAUAGCGGCGUCGGCAAGUCCAACAUACUCUCCCGAUUCACCCGCAACCACUUCUCCCUCGACUCCAAGUCCACCAUCGGCGUGGAGUUCGCCACCAAGUCCUUGCAGAUGGAGGGAAAAACAAUAAAGGCUCAGAUCUGGGACACUGCUGGCCAGGAGAGGUACCGUGCAAUUACAAGCGCAUAUUACCGGGGCGCUGUAGGGGCUCUCCUUGUAUAUGACAUCACAAAGAAGCAGAGCUUUGACAAUGUUAAUAGGUGGCUGCGUGAGCUUCGUGAUCAUGCUGACUCCAGCAUUGUCAUCAUGAUGGUCGGUAACAAGUCUGACCUGACACAACUAAGAGCUGUCUCUGAAGAUCAAGGCAAGGCACUGGCUGAAAAGGAGGGCCUGUUUUUCCUUGAGACAUCAGCUAUGGAGGCUGUAAAUGUGGUAGAAGCCUUUCAGACUAUCAUCACAGAGGUCUAUGGUAUUGUCAACAAGAAAGCACUGGCCGCCAAAGAAGCAGCAGCAGCAGCUGUUCCAUUGCCUUCCCAGGGUAAAACCAUCAGCAUUGACAGUACUGCCGGGAACUCAAAGAGGGCAUGCUGCAAUACUUGA